UUAUAAAUAUAUGUGACUCGGGGAGGAACGCCAGAUAUCUUUCAAUCGUGAAACCCAAUGAACCUGCGAAAUGUGAAAUCCCGGUUUUGAAUAUUUCUUAAAUACAAAACAAAGGAAAUAUAUCCUAGAACGGUUAAGUUCCGUGUAGCUUCGCGAAAACUACAAAUCUAGCUGAUAGUUAAAUCCAAUCUAAGUAAACUUAAAUAUAUAAUUCGGAAUCCACCAAUUAAACCACUGAGCUUAUUUUAUCCAGUGGAUCCAACUUUUCGUUUCAAGAUUAUCAAUCUCUCUCUGCUUAUCUCAUAUGAUAGAAAGAGAGGCUCGAUCGACUUCAGGCAUUGGUAUCUCGCUGGACGGAACAUCAAGAAGCUGAUAGCACAAUAAAAAAUAUCAACAUGACAACUUCGUGUGUGAUCGUCGACCGUCGUGUUGUCGUUUGAGAUCAGUUGAGAUCAGUCGUCAACAUCGAUCGGAUCGGGCAGUCACUACCAAAUCUAACCUAUAAUUUCGAAAUGGCACUGCGAACGAUAUUGAAUACAGGAAAGAGAAUUUACUCUGGAAUGAGAGAAGAGUGUCUUGCAGUGAGGAAUGUGCAUACUAAUAUAAAAAUUGCUCCGCUGCAAAAAUCAGCGUUGGAAGAAAGGUGCAUUCUCGUUGAUGAGUUUGACAAGCCUCUCGGCGAGGCGACAAAGAAGGACUGCCAUUGGAUAAACAAAGAGGGUACUGUUCCUCUUCACAGAGCAUUCAGUGUGUUUCUUUUCAAUGGAAAUGGGGAUUUAUUGUUGCAGAAAAGAUCUUCUACGAAGAUCACAUUUCCGGGAUAUUACACCAACACCUGCUGCAGCCAUCCCCUGGCAGAAGUCCCCGGGGAAUCCGAUGAGAAAGAAGCGAUUGGAAUUCGGAAGGCAGCGCAGCGAAGAUUAAAUUACGAGCUGGGAAUUCCAGUGAAUGAAAUCGAGCCGAACGAUUUGCAAUAUUUGACCAGGAUUCAUUAUGAGGCGAUGGGAGACACCUGCUGGGGCGAGCACGAGAUCGACUAUAUUCUUUUCGCGCAAAAGGAGGUCACCCUCGAUCCCAAUCCCGACGAGGUCAGCGAAAUCCGUUGGAUUCCUCGAUCCCAAAUCGACGAAUUCAUCAAAUCAGUCGACGCUCCGCUCACACCCUGGUUCAAACUCAUCCUCGAGCACAAGCUCUCCUUCUGGUGGGACAACUUGUCCGAUCUCGACAAAAUCCGCGAUCACGCGACGAUACAGCGCUUUUUGUAGUCUCGACUCUCACAAUUUUUCAUUAGGGGCCCUUUUCAAAUUACGUAACGGAUUAUAGACCUCCAGGGUGUCUGUCAUACCUGGAAAACCUCCAAAUGUCAGGGAUUUUUUUUCGCGAGGGUGCUUAAUUUUUUUUUAAUUGCAAAAUUAAAUUCAAUAAUAAUGAUUUUGUUGUUGUAAAAGUAGCUUUUUUA